GUAUCAUCAAGGAAGCAAGCAUACUUAUUUCAAAUGUCUGCCUUUAAAGUUGCUUACGCGUGUCGUUACUGCGGCAAUAUCGUCAGUUACAAGACGGCCAAAGUGAAUGAGACGCCCUACGACCUGCUCCUGAGCAGGACCUUCAACCUGAUCCAUGAGGAUAAGAUCCGGGAGACGAAUGGGGAGCGAUUUCAGAACCUGCACUGCUCCAAGUGCCGCAUGGAACUGGGUCUGCUAUGCUUGCAGAGCGAAAGGAAUGCCCAACUGAAGGGACUUUCGCUGCUGGAGAAGGUUCAUCUGGUGGUGUACGACUCGUACGAGGUGCCAUUCGAAAUAGCUUGAGUUUGUUGACGGAUGAAGCGUGUGGAAAUAAAGCUAGCUCCAAGCAAUAACAAUUAAGAACUUAAGGGACAUGUCGGUUGCCAUGUCUGCAGUUGACGCGUUGGUCCUUUGAGCGCCAUUGAUGCGCACAUAUGUAUGCAAUAUAUACUUGGUAUUUGAUGAUUUUGACUUUGCACGAGCUUGUCACUUGGGAAUGUUUUGGCAAGCGUAAAAAUGAUGAUGAAUUUCCUUCUUGUCCCAAAUCGUGCCAGACGACGACGACAUGGGGCGGCCUUGACAGUUUCAAACAAAAGUCUGUGCCAGGCACGCUGAAAAAAUCCAAAAUAAUUUACACUCGACGCUGUGACAGUUGGAAAGGCACAUCCUUUCCCCCUCCACCGGAAAUUAAAGCGCUCCUCCAAACACACACACACUCGCCUACCUCCUCUGAGUGGCUCAAUGGCAAAAGACGAAGGCAAAGGCAUUUUAAUGAUUUUAAUUAACUGCAUGUUUGCCUGUAAUUACAACGGCAACAAUGCAAUUACGGCACAUGUACAGCACUGGGUGGUCAUAAACAACACGGCUCCGGGUCAGAGGGCAAGGCCAGCUGGCCGCCUGUCAUAGGCAACUCCUCGGGCUCCUGCUCCUCCGGCUGGUGAGGGUGACACACCUCGGAUGACAGAAUAAUUACAUGCAGAGCCACCAGGCCCCUAGUUCAUUUGCUUUUAGUGCCCCAGCUGGAAGCAGUUCCUGGAGAGCGUCGCUCCUCAGAGCAGUGCAUCAUACCGUGCGGGACAUGGGUGCGUACCAGAGGGGAUCCUUGCCAUGGAAAUCUGGAAAACUUUCCACAUCUGUAACUUACUUAGGCACGCGGUGCCACUAAAUCAUAUCAAAUAAACAAACAAAAAAUAUUCAAACAAAUGCAGUUCAAAGU